GCAGCUGUGGCAAGAAACAGGAAGAGAAAGUCAAAUUCGUGGACAGUGUUGAGGGUGCUGUGGGGAUUACGUUUAUGUGACGUGUUUUUAUUUUAUUUUUCCUUUAAUCAACCAGGAAAUCGGAAUCGACGUUCUGUAGUGACAGAAGAAGAUAAAAAACCGGAGGUUACAUAGAGUCGAUAAUAAACCAACAGGGCGAAAAAGUAGCCUUUCCAAUAACGUAAUUAGCUGUCCAACUCAGAUAAGAUUAAAUCCACCCUCGCUGCCUACAGAAAGGUAGCCUUUGUUCGAAUAUCGUUUGGUCACCAAGACAGUAGGCUACCUGGACUUUUUUAACCAGAUACCGAACAUACUAGAAGCUGUAGCUGGUGACAGAAGGAAUGGCAGCUAGACUCUCUUUUUCGGAAGAGGACCUGUCCUGCCCCGUGUGCUGCGAUAUAUUCAGGGAUCCGGUGGUCCUGCAGUGCAGCCAUAGCUUCUGUAAAGCCUGUCUGCAGCAGUACUGGACCCAGAAGUUUUCCGGUCGAGACUGUCCGCUCUGCAGAUGCGAAUCUACCACAGACGAGCCUGUCGUCAGCCUGACCCUGAAGAAUCUGUGCGACUCGUAUGUCAAAGACAGCAGUGUGCGGGGGGCAGCGGAAGAGGAAGUGACCGGAGAGUUGUGCAAACUGCAUGGGGAGAAACUCAAACUGUUCUGCUUGGAGGACUGCCAGCCUAUUUGCGUCAUCUGCCACACCUCCAAAAAGCACAAACAUCACGAGUGUUGUCCCAUAGGCGAGGCAAUGCUGGACUUCAAGGCCAAAUUGAGGGCCGCGCUGAAGACCCUGCAGGGGAAGUGGGAGGCCUUUGACCGGGCCAAACAGGACUGCGAGAAGACCGCGGCUCACAUAAAGCUGCAGGCUCAGCAGACGGAGGAGCGGAUGAAGACCGAGUUCGAGAAGCUUCACCAGUUCCUCCGAGUCGAGGAGGAGGCAAGGGUGGCUGCGCUGAAAGAGGAGGAGGAAGAGAAGAGCCAGGUGAUGAAGGCAAAGAUCGACGCAGUGGAGAGAACCAUGGCGUCCCUCUCUGACACUAUCAGAGCCAUAGAGGAAGAGAUUCUGGUGGAGGAUGUAUCACUCCUGCAUAAAUACAAGACCACAAUGAAAAGAGCCCAGCCCACAUUUCAGGAUCCAGAGCUGGGGUCAGGGGUCCUGAUUAAUGUAGCCUCAUACCUGGGGUCUCUGACGUACAAAGUGUGGGAGAAGAUGCAGGAAUCGGUCCAAUUUACUCCUGUGACUCUGGACCCCAACACUGCCGCCCCAUGGCUCAUUAUCUCAGAAGAUCUGACGACCGUUGCGGACAGCGAGGAGAGACAGCAGCUCCCCGACAACCCAGAGCGCUUCACCCUGGAUACGGCCGUGCUGGGAGCCAAGGGGUUUAGCUCAGGGUCUUACACGUGGGACGUGGACGUCGGAGACAACGCAGCAUGGGUUGUAGGAGUGGUUAAAGAGUCUGCCCAAAGGAAAGAGAAAGUUCCCUCUGUCCUGAAGAACGGAUACCUGUCCAUAUACUACUAUCACAAGAUGUACUUUGCUGGGACUUCUCCCCUGACACGCCUUAACCUUAGGAAGAAGCCCCAGAUCGUUCGAGUGAUAGUGGACUGUGAUCGAGGCAGAGUGACCUUUUCUGAUCACUCUAACCACACCCAGAUCUACACCUUCAAACAAGCUUUCACUGAGAUGGUGUUUCCGUACUUCUGGGUUGGCUCAAAAGAGUGCCCUCUGAGAAUAUUGCCAAUGGAUGCGUCCGUCAUCCUGGAGCAUUCCUGUUGAACACAAAGAAGUAGUGGCCUUAAUUCACAUUUUUGCUCUAAUCUCAGUGUGUCCUGGUGACCUUUGGUAACAAAUCAGUGCAUCCUUUUUAAAACUUAAUGGAGUCCAUAAGUGACUCAUGCCAUAUACAUCCUGCUUGUCCUUUAACUUUUAUUAAGGGAGUCUUCUGCUGAAUACAAGGCAUGUGGUCUUGUAUUUAAUUCAGGAUUCAUGAUUAAUUUCAAUAAAAUUUUGUGUGAUUAAAUAA